UCUUUAUUGCCAGUGAGACCUUCAGACCUAAAAAGGCAGAGCUACACGGAAGGAGAGAGAAGAAAAAAGGAAGGAAGGCAGGAAGGAGUUUCGGGUCUGCUCAUGACGCUGGAGUGGAGAACCUCAGGGUCAGGAGUCAGCAACCUUCACCUAAGGUUGUGAGUGUGUGUCUUCCUAUGCUGUGAUGAAGGACUGGUGGCAGCGUAUCCUGCUUCUGUUCUGCGUUCCUCUCCUCGCCGUCUACCUUCACCUCCCCCAGCCUCCGCUCUCGCCCGGCCUGCACGUCUGGCACUCCUCAGGACGCUUCUUCAGCUUCCGAGAAAACAAGAUCUUUUACAAAGAGUCACUGGGAGCUGUGGGAAGCGCCGACGUGGUGCUGCUGCUUCAUGGCUUUCCAACCUCAAGCUACGACUGGCACAAGAUUUGGGAGCCUCUGAGUCAGCGGUUUAACCGAGUCAUCGCGCUCGACUUCCUCGGCUUCGGCUUCUCUGACAAACCCAGGCCGCAUCGGUACUCUGUCUUCGAGCAGGCCGGUGUGGUGGAGGCUUUAAUCUCACAUCUGGGUCUCGCCGAGCAGAAGAUCAACCUGCUGUCGCAUGACUACGGUGACACUGUAGCGCUUGAGCUCCUCUACAGGAGUGACAACAAUCGAACUGGACAUGUGGCCAUAAACAGCCUCUGCCUUUCAAACGGAGGCGUGUUCCCUGAGACGCAUUACCCGAGGUUUCUUCAGAAAGUGCUGAAGGAUUCCGGUUUCCUUUCCCCUCUGCUCACCAGACUCAUAAACUUCUACCUCUUCUCUAAAGGGAUCGGGGACGUCUUCGGCCCGUACACGCAGCCGACCGAAUCCGAGAUGUGGGACAUGUGGACGGGAAUCCGCUUUAAUGAUGGAAACCUGGUCAUGGACAGCAUCCUGCAGUAUAUUAAUCAGAGACUCAAGCACAGAGAGAGAUGGGUUGGUGCCCUCACCUCUACAUUAACCCCAUUGCAUAUGAUCUACGGGCCACUUGAUCCAGUAAAUCCCCAUCCUCAGUUUAUUCAUCUCUACCAGAAACUGGUUCCUAAGUCGACGAUAACGGUUCUGGAUGAGCACAUCAGCCAUUACCCCCAGCUGGAAGAUCCCAUGGGCUUCACCAACGCCUACCUGAACUUCAUCAACUCGUUCUGAACAGCAAUUCUGGCCCAGGGUCAUUAACGUCACAUGAUUUAGUAAUUGAUGAAAUGUACAGAGGUGUGAGCUGUGAAUAACGAGGACUCUGGAAUGCUUAGAUCGUUGAGAUUUUUCUUUUUAAUUGAAAUAUAAAUCGCUUGUGAGGAAUCAAUAAAAUGAAGCGGUAUAAUAAACAACAAAACUGUG